AUCGCAGCUAACUUCGCAUUGAAAAGCGCAGCAACGCCGUGAAAAAAGUUCAGUGGAGAAAAUUUAUUUGGCAAAUUUGCGCAAGAACUGUGAAAAAUACCAAUUUCUGUGACUAAAAUUGUUGUUGAGUGAGUGGGGUUGGUGAAAAUGUUCACAACCAAGCACGAUAUUGACCGUCAUGUACGGUCGGCCUUUGCAAAAUUACGCACUGACAAUGAGAAAAAUCUCCGAGGCUACACUGUGGCAAAGAUGUACUACAAAAUUGGAGAAUAUCCAAGUGCCCAGCACUAUGUUUCGGCUUACAUUUCCGUAAAGAAGGACAAUGCUGCGGCCUAUAGACUUCUGGGAAAGUGCUGCAUGUUGCAGAAAAAAGUUGAAAAUGCCCUUGAAGCCUACCAGAAAUCCCUUCAGGUGGAUGCCCAUCAGCCAGAUCUUGUCGUGGAAGUGAGCAAAAUUCUGCUGUCAGACGAUUCUAACCUCACUUCCAGCAAAUUGAAAUUCUGGAAAGAUCUCGUGCUUCGUGAUGAAUCCAUCCAGGAUGACGCUGUGAUGAAUUUGCGCUUCAAAUUGAUGUCCAAGAGCAGUUCCAGCCAUGUGGUUGAGGAUGUCAUCAUCAAGGAGAUUGCAAAGAAGCCGAAUGAUGUGAAUCUCCGGAUUAGUUUGCUGAAGCAAUUCCUGGACAAGAAGAAGGUAUCCGAGGCAUUCAGGUAUGUUAGUGAUAUUGAAGUGAAGUACCAUGGGCAAUUUUUGCAUUCCCUGGAGUGGUACAAUACCGUAGCGAUGGUUCUGUCCACGUACAAAAAGACAGAGACCACUUCCGCUGUCACGAACAAAGACUUCUGCUGUCUGUACUUGAAUGCCCUCGAGAGGCAGAUCUAUCUCAAUCUCGAAGCUGAUUCAGCUCUGGCAUCUGUCAGGGGGGGAAAUGUUAGUGAAUGUGCUCGGGUUCUCUUUGAAUUGGAUCAGUUUCUCUAUCAAUUCUCCCAAGUAAAUAUCGAUUUGAGGGCUGAAGUGGCCAUUCAGCUCGUGAACUAUUUCCGUGGUCAGGUGUGUUUGCACGCAGCCACGCUGCUGUUUAAGCGAGAUUUCACGGGGAAUGCCGAGUGGCAGGAUGCAGUGAAGAGUAGCUUGGUGCUCCUUCUGCAUGCCUAUCAGUGUGGGAGCCUUGAGAUUCCGGAUAAUUCCAUGCGACAGGUGCCUGAAGUGAUGAAGCAUCUGCUGGAUCAGUGGCAGAUGCGAAGUGCCUUCAGGUGCCUCCAGGCCGGACGGACACUCCUUUCCGCCUGCCAGGAGCCCCGAGCACGUCAGAAACCCACAGAAAAAUCCCCACAGCUUCCCUAUGCCGACAGAGAGGAACUCCUCAUGCAAAUCCGUGGCAAAUGCUCAAAUUCCUCCUGGAGGCAGGGUUUGUUCAAGCUUCUCUUCAAAGGAAGCGAUCAAAUUGGUGCCAUUGGCACAUCCUACCUAACCACUUGCGCCUCCCUAACGGAACCCCUCUACGAACUGCCUACAACCAAUCAGAUUGAAGCCUAUGAGAAAACUUCCGGACUCCUCAAUCCCGCCUCCCUUCAGCAUCAAGUCUAUGUGAGACUGAAGUCCAGAACUCUCUCCGAAUGUGACUUCACUGGAUUCGACUGCCUCAAUUUCUCCAUGUCCAAUCUCAUCAAUUGUGCCCCCUCCACGCUCAAUCAACUGGACAUUGAGACAUUCCUCUAUGCCACUGUGAUCCAGACCAGGCGAGAAUUGGAACUCAGCACCCAGAGGAAUCCAUCCGGACUCCCUGGGAUUCUCCCAUAUGCCAAUAUCCUCUGGAAGAUGUGCUCAGCCGAACAGAGCAAUUGGUGGAGUGCUGCAUACAAGAUAACAACAAAUGGGGCCGUUGAAGAUGUAGCAAAAAUCCGAUCAACUGUCCAGGAUGGCCUGGAAGUCCUACGUUGCGUAGGAAAUCCCCGGAUGGAUGCAAUGGUUGCCCUGAAAAUUGGUCAAACCCUUCAGGAUCGCCUCGAGGGACACCAUACGAAGAAAUCCGCCGAAAGGAAUUACCUAGAGAAUCGUGUGGAACUCUUCAAUAAAUAUGCCGUGCGUCAGCUCAAAAGAUACCCAAAUGGGACGGUUGUGUCCACCAGGAAGCUCUUCAAGUACCCCCCAUCGCCUGAGGUGACUCCCAGUGACGAUGCAGAGAUGGAAGUUCUCGCCACGAAUGCAGUGACCUUCCUGGGGAGACUGUACAUGGAUCGGGAGCGCUAUGAGGAGUGCGUUGAGGAACUGAGUGAAUCAAAAAUUGAGGGAGCGGCAUUUUUUGUGUCAGAAGCCAAUAAGAAGUUGGCAAUGGCAAAAACUCCGCAGAGGGAUGCAACUCCCGUGACAUCUGUGGACAGUGGCAGAAUUGACAGCAAGUACAUCAAGCGACUGGUGCAGGAGGAAGUCCGGAAGAUGCAGCUGUCCUACUCUGAUAAACGAGAGUUUUCAAAUCGUGCGCACGAUGAGUCAGAAUAUGAUUUUCUGUCGGAUGAAGAUGCUCUGCAUGGAAGUGAGAGUAGUUUCCAUCGACAUCGACGGUCAGUGCUGACGGACAAUACGCAACAGCUGCAGCUGAUACAGCAAAUGACAACUCUGCUGAGCAAUCUGCAGUUGGAUUUCAGUGAGGUGAAGAAGGAGCUGAGUGAUGUAAAGGGACAUCUGGCCACACUCCAGGACACCGUUGAGACGAAGGUGUUGCAGAAGGAGUCUGCAGCAAGUGUCCUGGAGGAUAUCUAUCGGCUGGAUGAUGAGGAGACUCGUAGGCAGCAGGAGAUGUCCUCAGCCGUGCCGACAGAUUAUUUCGGGCAACUCUACAAUACGCCCUAUCCCAUGUACGGAUACUGCCCGACUGUCAGUGGAACUGCUGCUCAACUGCUUCAGCAGCAACUCCAGCGAUCUGCUGCAAUGUCUCUGCAUCAGAUCCAAACGACAGUUCCGGGAACCGUUCCAAUGUAUCCCGAUUCGGCUUCAUUGACUGCCGCUGCGAGUUUGGGAUUGAAUCCGCAGAGUCCACAGAUUCUGCAGAGGCAGGCUCAGCUCUAUGAUACAAUGAGGCUACAACAGAUGGCCAGUGAAUCAACUCCACUCCUCUAUCCAACGGCUAGUUUGGCAGGAGGAGUGGGAAAACUGCCGACAACUGCAGCAGUAUCGUCUAUUACGGGAACAACAACAGCUGAUCAGUAUCAGUACAAUAUGAAUAAUUCUGUGGUUAAAACCUGGAAUUCCACCUUCAAUAAUGCACCCGUGGAGAAACUUCCUCCGGUUAAUGUAGUUAUCACCAGUUCUGAUCCACUGCCAACACAUACAACAAUCUCUGCAGCUCCUCCUCUUCUCAGUGUCACAAUUCCUCCGCAGCAUAUCAAGCAGAGUUCAGUUGUUCCAGAAUUGUCAGCUAUAACACCACCGAAUACGGAAAACAUUCAGCAGAAGGGACAGGAGGAUGCACAGUUGGAUGCUGCAGCUUCCGAUGAGGCAGAAUUGAAAGCCCUGAAGGCAGCAGAUGAAGAGGGUGAAAUUGUACGGUUUUCCGGAGCUGCUAAACUCUUCCAUGCCGUCGAGAAGGAACUCAUUGAGUGUGGAUUGGGCGAUCUGAAGAUUUUUCAGAGUAAGAAGGAUCCGAAGAAGUAUAGGAUCUUCAUGAGGCGCGAUCAGGGCAAUAAAAUCUGUGCCAAUCAUGCAAUUGUUCCAGAAAUGGAGAUGAGUGUCAUUAAGCACAAGGAUAAAUCAUACAGCUGGACAGCAACGGAUCUGGUUCAGGGAAUACUGCGUCUCGUGAAGUUCUACGUGAGAUUCAAGACAACAGAAUCAUCGACGGAAUUUAAGGCAAUUUUUGAGAAGAUCAAGGCUGAAAUGAAGGUAAAGGAUGCACCGCUGCCAACUGCAGAUUCCCAGAAGAAUGUUCCAGCAAAGGCUGUUUCAUUCUCUUUUACCGGUUUCCCGACAAAUCCUCAAAUACCAACAACUGCGAGCGCGGGAUUGGGCAAGAAGGCAGAUGAUGGCGAUAAGAAAGUCCUUCCAAAUCCAUUCAGUGGUUUCACCUUUGGAAAACCCAAGGAGGGAGGCGAAACAGAGAAGACUUUCAGCAAUUUGUUCACCGGCUUCAAUACCAGCGGAAGUGAGAAGGUGCCUAGUGUCCUCAAUGAUUCCCACGGAGACACUUCCCUCAACAGAUCAACUGGUGAUGGAGAGGAGGAUGAGUAUGUGUCAACAGCUCAAUUCCAACCAGUUAUCCCUCUGCCAAAGUUGGUUGAUGUGAAAACUGGCGAAGAGAAUGAGACUGUACUGUUUGAGCAUCGAGCUAAACUCCUGAGAUUUGACAAGGAAACCAAGGAAUGGAAGGAGAGAGGAAUUGGGAAUAUGAAGGUGCUUGUGAAUAAAGAUGAUUCGAGUAAGGUGAGACUUCUGAUGAGACGUGAACAAGUUCUCAAACUCUGCUGCAAUCAAUUGAUCACUGAAGAUCUCAAAUUCACCAAGAUGCAAGGUCUAGAUACAGCUCUGACCUGGUAUGGUCAGGAUUAUUCGGAAAACGAAGUGAAAGUCGAAAUGUUGGCCAUCAGAUUCAAAACAGCUGACAUCUGCAGUGAUUUCCACAAUGCUGUCCUCAAGGCUCAGGCCAAUAUCAAGAGUCCCCGCGAACAAAAGAAACCCGAAGAACCAACAGCUGCAGCCAAGACAGGCUUUGGCGAUGCCUUCAAGAAGAAAGAUGGUCAGUGGGAGUGUCAAGGAUGCUGUGUAGUCAAUGCAGCCAAUGUGACAGAAUGCGUCGCUUGCAAAGGUCCCAAGGACCCCACAGCAGCCAAAAAGGAACCCUCCAAGGGCGCCCUGGAUUUUUCAGCUAAUGGAAAAUUCUCCUUUGGCAUGCCACCAUCCAAUCCAACACCAUCAAAACCAACUGCAGAUCCCCCUUCGGGCUUUGGAGACCAAUUCAAGCCAAAAGCCGGAUCGUGGGAGUGCAGAGCAUGCUUAAUUUCCAAUCAAGCAGAUGCACUGUACUGUGUGGCCUGUGACAAUCCCAAGGAUGAUACAGUGCCCAAGAAGAAUCAAUCACUAAAUCUGACAACACAGACCAAAUUCACUUUUGGCAUGCCAGCUACCACAAUCACUCCAGCUGCAACAGUUGCUGCCACGACAACUGCAUCUGAUGCUCCAUCGGCAACAUUCAGUUUUGGCUUCAAACCUCCAGCAGCAACGGGUAUUUUCACCAAUGUCCCAUCAUUUGGGUUUAACUCACCACAAAGCACCACGACAAAUCAGGAAAUUGUGCAGAAGACACCAGAAAAGCCGGAUUUGUCGCUGCAGGGGAAGGAAACGUUCAAUUUCAAGUUUACGCCCAAGAGUCCGGGGAAAGUCAAGAGUCCUACUAAGACAACUCCUGGCAAGGAUGGAUCAGAUGAGGAGGGAGAAGUUGAAGAGGAGAAUAACACCUACUUCACACCAGUUAUUCCACUCCCGGAAAAGGUCGAAGUGAAGACUGGCGAGGAGAAUGAGGAUGUUGUGUAUUGUCAUCGGGCAAAGUUGUACAGAUUUGCCGAGAAGGAGUGGAAGGAACGUGGUACGGGAGAUGUGAAGAUUCUCAGAGAUAAGACAACGAAAGUGCUCAGGGUGCUGAUGCGUCGUGAGCCCAUUCUUAAGAUUUGCCUCAAUCACCGUUUGACUGAGGAUGUCAAUUAUGAGAAGAAGGACGAUAAAUCGUGGCAUUUUGUUGUGAAAGAUUUCAGUGAGGGAGAAUUGGAACUUACGCAGUUCUGCCUGAGAUUCAAGACGUCUGAUAUUGCUAAAGAAUUUUUGGAAGCUGUUCAUGAGGCUCUCAGUGGAAGUUCUGCGGGAACUCUGCCAAAUGGUGGAGAUGUGAAAAAUUCAGAAGUUAAGGUCAAUGGGAGAUUGUCUGGGGAAAGUGAGGCGGAUGAGAAAUUGAGGGUUAAAUUGAAGCUUCCGGAGAGAUUCUUUGAUUACAAGACCAAGGCAGAUUGCAGUGGAUGUCGUGGAUGCAAUUCUGAUGAUUUUGUCUUUGCUUCUGUUGAGAAUAUCAAUGGGGAUUUAGUUGAUGAUAAGCCCAUUCCACUCAAAAUGCCCGACAUUCCAUCGGGUUUGAUGAAGUCCAAGAGUUUCUUUGAGAAGUCCCGAGAUGCCGUGACUAAGAAUCUGUUUGAAUCGAAGAGUGCUGAAAAAGUUCCAGUUACAACACAAUCUUUCUUCUUUGGCGGAGCUAAGAGUUUUUCCUUUGGAACGGGAUCAUCGAUAUUUGCUCUAACAUUUGCCGAUACCAAGACAACAACUUCAACUCCAAGUACUGUGGUCACUGCCACAACAACAGCUUCUCCCUUCGCAGCUCCAACAAUUGAGACACAGAAGAAUAUCUUUGGAGUGUCUGGAGAGAAUAUUUUUGGAGGAUCAACAUUUUCAUUUGGAAGUGACAAGGGAUCUUCGAUAUUUGGUGGGAAUUCUACAACUUCAGCCGAAACUCCUUUCACCUUCCAAACGCCAACUGUGACAGUGUCCACGGAGAGUGGAAGUAUUUUUGGAGGAACAGGAUCAAAGUCAACAUUCAGCUUUGCAGCAGCUGCUAAGACCCUAGAGAAGCCAUUUGAGGCAAAACUGGGCACAGGAAUGAGCAUUUUCGGAGGAGCAACGGUGUUUGGGCAGAAAACUGAUGAGAAAUCUGAUCAGAAAAAUGAUUCAACAACGGCGGCAAAAACUGAUUCACCAGCCACAGGAUUCAGUUUUGCUCAGCUGGCUAGCACAAUUCAGAGUCCGGACAAGAAGGAGCCUGAAGUGGGAAAGGAUAUUCUGAAGAUGGAUGAAAAUCUGUCUUUUGCAACUCUCGCAAAGGAAGGCGGGAAUGCUUUCAAGACAGCCGAGUCGACCGGAGGGAAGAUGGGCUUCUUCGGAUUGUCCCACACGGAGGAUUUCAGCCAUUUCGGGAAGCCUGCAGCGAAGGAGGGUGAAGAAAAUGGCACAGGACACGAUGAUGCUUCAUAUGAUCCUCACUAUGAACCAGUCAUUGCCCUUCCGGAUGAGAUAAAGGUGUCAACGGGAGAGGAAGAAGAGACUAUUAUGUUCAGCGAGAGAUCUCAUCUCUAUCGCUUUGAUUCCACAGCCAAGGAAUGGAAGGAAAGAGGUGUCGGGGAAUUCAAACUGCUGCAUCAUCCGGUCAAGGGCACUUACCGCUUUGUGCUGCGUCGUGAGCAGAUCCAUAAAUUGGUGCUGAAUCAUGCCAUCACGUCUGAUUUCAAGAUUGCCCCGAUGAAUAAGACGGGCAAAUCCUUUUGCUGGGCAGCGAUGAAUUAUGCCGAAGAGACACCUCAGACGGAAAAUUUGGCAGUGCGUUUCAAGAACACUGACAUAGCCACGAGGUUUGAGAAUCUUGUCCAGGAAUGCAUUAAGAAGUUGAAGGAGAAGGGAGGUGAUCUCGAGCCCGAAGAUGACUUGUCCCAUCCGGACGGAGUAGCACAAUUACUCAGCGAUGGCACCAUACACUCCCUUAUUUCCGGCCACGAUAUAGUGGACAUGGAGCAGGAGGUCAUCACUGAGGAUAUGGGGGCGAAUGAGGUGGUCGAAGAGGCCUCAGUCAUUGAGGAUAUGGAUAUUGAGUAUCCGAGUGAGAUUAAGGUGAAAGUUGACAACGAAGAUGAUGACAAAGUGUCAAAGAAAUUUGCCGUAAAGACUCCCAUGGAGGUCAAAACGUAUGCCAUCAAGAGGCGGGAAGUGGCUAGUGAUAGAGGAGUAGCCACUAGUGAGAAUGCCACUUCGGCUAAGAACAAUAAAAUGGUGCUUGUAAAGUUACUGCCGAAAUUUGAGGCUACAGAUGCACCUGUCGCACCACCUGUCGACAAAUGCGCAGCAGCCAAGACGGAGAAGCAAGAGCCAGAGGAGGAGGAUGACGAGGAGACCCCCGAAGAAGGGGCAGAUGGUGAAAAUGCCGCCUCCAAGACAAAAAUCAAGCGUGAAAUGAAGCAGCUGCAGAAGAUGAUGAAGGCAUCCAAAGUCCUCUCAGACUUCAUGACAGACGGCAAUCAUGCCCGGGCACGAAAGUCCCGUAAGUCCCAUAGCCCCCGGGGGGCCCAGAGGCAACAACGUGGCCGUAGUAUGUCCGUAAUGGGAGAUACUUCUUCAGAACUCCGACUAAACUUCCUCCGAAAGUCCACGAGCAAUGCCACAGAAGACGUGACUACGCACAAAAGAUCCAACAUGCGAUCACAAAAUGCCGAAUUCACCCUGAAGCAGCAGAAAUUUCUCAAUCGCAUUCAGCGAGAGCAGCAGGAAGACGAAGAGGCAGAGGAAGAUGAAGAAAUGGAGGAAGAUGAGAAGGAAAUGGACGAAAUGUCGGACAAUUCCGAGAAUGAGAGCAAUGAAACAAAGAGUCUCAAGAGUACCAGUGAAAGUGCCGAUUCAAUUCCCUUUGUCAAGAUUUCCAACCUGCAGAAGCCCCCAAAGGAGAAUGCAGACUACUUCUGCUGGCGAUGCCACGGUGACACAGUUAAUCUGUCGUGCUGCCAGUGUGUCAGAUCGUAUCACAGCAAAUGCGUGAAAGUAGCCCAGACGGGUGCUCCGAGUCCGGAAGCCUGGGUAUGUCCAGAGUGUGUACAAUUGACUGAAAUGUCUUCCAGUAGCAAUUUAUCUGUGGAUCAAUUGUCGACACUCCUCAUGUUUGCCUGGAAUCGAAUGACGCAGCUGCCGAAGACAACCGAAGUUGUGGAGAAUUUCAAUGUGGCGAGUCUGAAGAAGUGUGAGUCAUACAUUAAGAAUAAUGUCACAUUGGCUGAUCUCAAGUCCAACAUACGGCAGAAGAAGUACAAUGCAACUCAUGAGUUUAUGAUGGAUGUCAAGUGGAUUCAGCACAAUUGCUAUGUCUAUUAUACCUGUGUUAGGCCCUUUGAUAUGAAUUUGCUGAAGGUGGUGAAGAGUCUGGUGAGGGUGUGCAAGCAGGAAAUGAAUGAGAUUGAAACGUGCUCAGAGUGCUACUACAAUGCCAAUACACAGGCUGAUUGGUUUGUAGAAGUCUGUACGAAGCCACAUAUUUUGCUUUGGGCUAAAUUGAAGGGGUUUCCCUAUUGGCCGGCCAAGGGGAUGGCUGUUAAUGGUACGACGUCGGUCGAUGUGAGAUUUUUUGGGGCUCAUGAUCGUGCCUGGGUGCCCAUUAAGGAGUGCUUCCUCUAUUCGGAGAAGAAUCCGAGUCAGGGGAAGACAAAGAGGAAUAAUAUUGAACGGUGUAUUAAGGAAAUUGAUGUACAUAUUGCUAAGAUUAAGGAUAAAUUUGGAACAUUCAAUUAUCCGGAUUUCCGGACACCGUACGAUCCGCAGAAUGAGCUGAAGCAGCUGCAAAUGAUGAUUCCAGCCUAUUUGGCUGAGAAAAAAUCUCUAGCCAAGAUACUCAAUACGAAAAUUCAACCAACAACAUCGGCAUCGAGUACGAGUCCUAAGAAUAAUCUUACGUACAGGAUCAUCAAGACGGCGGACAAUAAUUUGUCAAUAGCGCCAGUUGUGAAGAAAUCCGAGCCAGUGAAUGGGGUUGUGAAGAAGGAGACGAAGGCAGAGAAGGAAGAGGAGGAGGAGGAUGUGAAGGAGGUGAAGGAGGAAAAAGCACCUAUUCCGGAAGUUAAACCCACCAAAAUUGUUAUCAGUAGGAAGAAAUAUCUCGAUGUUAUGGCUUCUCAGGCAACUCCUCCACCCAAAACAAUUCUCGAGAGUAAGUCAUAUCAGGCAGUAAAGAAGCCCCCGACGACGACGACGACGACGUUGACGCAAGGGAAUGAACAACGAAAGGUGGACAGUGUGAUUAUCAAGAGGAAAUCUUCCAAUUGGAAUGCAGUGCCAUCGAAAAAAUCCCGGCCAUCGUGCGAUGAAGUGGAUGAGGGCAAGCAGAAAGAUGGAGCUGAGCAUCAAGUGUCCAGUUCGGAUGAUUUGGUGAAGAUGAAAGAAAGCAAUAGCCAGAGCAAUAGUAGUAGUAGCAGUAGCAGCAGUAGUAGUAGUAGUUUAGGUAAGAAGAUACCAGAAGUAGCAGCGGCAGAUCCAGUAGCUGGACCAUCGAGAGUAAAAAUGCCGCCAGAUUCAACGAAGCAGAAGAGGCCAGAAGAGAAAGAGCCUCCAGAGAACAAGACAAAGGCCAAGAAGAAAUUGCCUGAGAGGAAGGAUGAAUCCUCAGAAUCUGAUGUCAAUUCGUCACAAUCUUCCACACCACCGAGCAGUGAUUGCAGUUCCUCAACAUCUUCCUCCUCAUCCUCCAUCACAAAAAAGCCCAUUGUCAUCAGUACGGGAAAUUUGUUUGACAAUGAAGAGAUUCGCUUUGAACAAUCACCCACAAAGGCACUUCCGGAAAGUGAGAAAUCCAUCAUGGAUACAGCUUUGAUAUCCCUUCCUCAAAUCAGCAUUAUCCGGAAUAAAUCGGCAGGACUUGCCAAUGGGGACGAGAAGAAGUCAACUCAGGAUUCCAAUACACCAUCUUCAUCAUCUUCCUGCCCUACGGCUCCCGCGACAAAAGAUACCCCAGAUCGAGGGCAGCAGAAUGAGGUGACAACGACUGAGGCGAAAAAGGAUGUGCCCCCGCUCAAGGAAACCCUCCAGGAAAUUCGUCGAAGGACAAGAAGUAGCAAUUGCUCCUCGAAUUCUUCCAUCAGCAAAAAACCACCCAAUGAAAAUGCCAAGGAAACUCUAUCAACAACUCAAGAGAACGGCAUCAAGGUAAUCGAGGAGGAUAAGCGAGAACCUGCAGUGACACGUUCCAAAGCUUCUCGCAUGAAUUCCCAUCAGGAACCUCAAGAAAAAAAUAGUCCCGAAGUCGUAGGAAGUACCUCGAGAAAAAAUUCAAGGGAACCUCCAGAAUCUGUUUCCCCGCCCAGUAACGUGAUAGAUCUCGAAGUAGAGGAGAUUCGGAUAAAAUCUGAACCACUGUCUGACACUGAAGAGACACCACCAUCGAAUUCUCAUGAAUCUCGUACAGAAACCAUCCCAAGAGAUAUAGCAGGAAAGACAACAAAAGGUAAACUCCAACACAGACCUUUUGUCUUUCGAUCGGGUUUUUCCGGACAGUCAGAACGAAGCCGCAGAGUAGGACUGAGGAAGCAAGAGAGGAAUAUUCCAAGGGCUAGGAAAACCUUUCCAACCAGCCUGAGUGUGGGUGCCAAUAAUCUCCAGAAUAUGAAUAGUAUGGUGUACAUCCCGAUGGAUUCAAAUCUCAAGAGACUGGAUCGGGAUUCCAGUCCAACGUUGAUUCCUCCACUUGCAGCCGUUGUGAAGACAUCCGCCAGCAGUUCAAGCUCAGUGACAUCGCAUGGAGGGACAAAUUCUUCCAGUUUGCCAAUUCCACCACUCGUUCCUACCACCAAGAUUCCAGCAACGCAGCAAUCCCAGCAUAUGCUGUCGGGAAUUGUAACGCCGAGUCUGGCCAAUGCCAUCACGGAUACUAUUGUCAAGGGACCGCCGAAACUAAUGGCAAAACCCACGGGAACUCUGCGAUCCGACGGAGAUACCAUUUUCCCAUCAGAAGCCGGUCCGGCUUGUCAGCUGCUCAUCGACAAUGCCCACAAAAUGACUGACUUCUUUAGGUCUGUGAUAGAGGAUACGCUGGGAGAUUUGGCGAGCAAUGGAUGUUUGGAUGCGAAGGUAAAGAUGCUGGAGUUGGAGAUUGAAAAGCUGAAAUUUGCUCACAACAAAGAGAUUACGCAGCUCAAGAAUAACACGGAUUUGAUCCUGUGCGAGAUGAAGAACAGCAUUGAGCUGGAGAAGACACGUGUGAUAAAUGAGACGAGGAAACAAUGCGAAAUUGAACGGAUUCGGGCUGUGGAGGAGACAAAGAAGAAGCAAUGGUGUGUGAAUUGUGGCAAGGAGGCACAAUUCUACUGCUGCUGGAACACCUCCUACUGCGACUAUCCAUGUCAACAGCAACACUGGUCACGACACAUGAGUUCGUGUGCCCAGAAUGAGGCUACAUCGGCGGCAGAUCCUAAACCUCAGAAGAAUCAUACUCGGUCCACAAGCCAAACGGGAGGAUCUUCAAAGGGAAAGGAGGGCAACACGAAGAAUAGCAAUCCGGCCAGCAAUCGAAAUUCCCUGGUGAAGAAUCCGAGUGCAGCACAGAGAACGGUUCCAGCGACUAGUUCUUCUCCCUGCUAUGCUCUCGUGCCCAAUCGACAUGGCCAUGGAUGGGAGAUGGUGAGUGGAUCGCAGGCGAACAUCUCAAAUUCUCUGCUGCCGUCGUCGAUGGUGCUCAAUCAGCAGACUUCCAGCAUGAUGUCGGGUUCUGUGGCCCCUUCAACUGCCUCGCCCCAUGUCACUGGCUCCAGUGCCAUCAUUGACGGAGUCCUCAUCACUCCCGACACCUACUUGACAAAAAAGUGAUGUGCAAAGGGCUUGUGAAUAAAUUUGAUGUUGCUUCAGAGUAAAAUGGAAAAUGACUUAUAUUUUCUCACAAUGACUACUUUUAUUUCUCUCAAUUUAAGCACUGAAUUAUUUUUGUUAAUGUUAAUUGAUCAAGGUUAAAAGAAAAUCGAGAAUUAUUUUUAAUUUCAUCUUAGAAUUUUUUUUGUACAAUUGGACGAUUGUGAAAUCGAGACAAAUUAAACAAGUUUUUGCUAUUUUUUAAAGAAAUAAAUAUUUAAAUAGAUUGAUAGAUCCUUAGGUUACUAUUUUAAGAAUUAUUGAUCUAACAACUUAAUCUAGCGCUUAGGAAACAAUAAAUUUGAGAAUAUUUCUGAA